AUGGGAAUGGGGGAGAAGCAAAACUGCGCCUCCAUCCCUGAUGCUCCGAUCCGUGGCAGUGAACCUUUCCGCUCGGUGUUUGUCUUUGACUUUGGUGUGGCUGGUGUUCAACAAGAUGUGUUAGCAACAGUAACUACCAACCGGGAAGAAGGAAGUCAAAACGGGAAAGAUCCCUCCAUUAAAAAGGAGAAGGUGGUGGUGGCAGAAGCGGGGAGGCAAAGUGCUAACUGGACGCUGUCCCAGGCUGUCAGAUCCCAGAGGCCAGUCAUGGUGCUGCUGUCCCCAACCUUCCUUGUGAAGAGAGCAAUAAUCGCACCUCGGAUAAACCUCUUUGGCUCCGAUACUGCCACUGCACAAAGUUUGGAUCCUUAUCUUGAUUAUUCCAUUUGGUUGCAGAGACUAAGACCAAGCAACCUGCUCAAGGCCACACGGCAGUCUGUGGCAGUGCAAGGCUUAGAACGUGGGCCUGGCAUAAAGGCUCCCUCAAAGAAGGGUGGUGAGAAAGAAGUGGGCCAUUCUGCCAUCAAUGAGGUAGUGACCAGAUAAUACACCAUGAACAUUCACAAGCGCAUCCAUAGAGUGGGUUUCAAGAAGCGGGCCCCUUGGGCACUCAAAAAGAUCUGGACAUUUGCCAUAGAGAAGAUGGGAACUCUAGAUGUGGGCAUUGAUACCAAGCUCAACAAAGCUGUCUGGGCCAAAGGAAUAAGGGAUGUCUCAUACCACAUCCAGGUGCAGUUGUCCAGAAAAUGUAAUAAGGAUGAAGGUUCACCAAAUAAGCUCUAUGUGUUGGUCACCUACGUACCUGUCACCACUUUCAAAAAUCUACAAACGGUUUGUGUGGAUGAGAACUAACCGCUGAUUGUCAAAUAAAGUCAUUAAAACUGCAAAAAACACAGAC